CCGGGCGACUCGGGGCUGCGGCGCGCGUCUCCCGGCGCGGGCUUCCUCCCACGCAGCUUCCCAUUCAAAAGAUGCCGAAGGGGCGGCGCGGCAGCCAGAGCCCCACCAUGAGCCAGCGGCCGGCCCCGCCCCUCUACUUCCCUUCCCUCUACGACCGCGGCAUCUCCUCGUCCCCGCUCAGCGACUUCAACAUCUGGAAGAAGCUCUUCGUGCCGCUGAAGGCGGGAGGGGCGGCGGCGGGCGGGGCGGUGGCGGGGCGGCCCCUGCCGCAGGUGCCCCAGGUUCCGGCGCCCCCGCCGCCGCCACCCGGCCUGGGGCCUCCCGGCGAGCGCCCCUGGCCCCCGCCCUGGCCCUCCGGCCUGGCCUCCAUCCCCUACGAGCCUCUGCGCUUCUUCUACUCGCCACCGCCGGGGCCCGAGGCGGCUGCCUCGCCUCUGGCCCCCGGCCCCACGACCCCCCGGCUCGCCUCCGCCUCCCACCCCGAGGAGUUAUGCGAGCUGGAGAUCCGGAUUAAGGAGCUGGAGCUGCUCACCAUCACUGGGGACGGCUUCGACUCCCAGCGCUAUAAAUUCUUGAAGGCACUGAAAGAUGAAAAGUUACAAGGACUGAAGACAAGGCAGGCUGGAAAGAAGUCGGCCUCUCUCUCCUGAGGAGCUGCCCACCAGAGCCUGGGCAGCCACCUCCUUAGGUGUUAGUGCUUAGAUAAUGUGUCCCGUUUGUUGUCAUUUCAAAGAUUAUUUUCUGUUCUGUAUUUCCUGCUGUUCUCAUUGCUCCCAGCAUGUACUCCACAUACAGUGCCCACUUGUGGGGUAAAUCUCAUGGUCUGUCUCCUCUCUGUGCUGCAGCUGGGGGUGGGUGCUCUCUCACAGGGUCUAGAAGCUGCUGCCCAGCUGGCAUCAGGGGCUCCUGAGACCAUAGGAGGGGACGUCCAAUACUGCCAUGUGGAGGGAGUUGGGAAAACCCAAGGGCAAUAUAUAUUUGGUUGCUGUGUCCCUGCUCAGAAAGGUUCUUUGAGGACUGGAACAAGCGGUUUGUUUUCAAACAGCUUUAGUCCUGAAAAGUGUUUUGUUUAAUAGUUUUUGGGCCAAAAAACUCUUUGAUAAUCUGGUCAAAGCUAUGGUCCUUCCUAGAAAAUCAUAUUCAAGAAAUACCGAGGACUUAUGUGCCUUCCCAGACUCAGGAUUGGGAGUGGGGGAGACCCAGACAAUAAAUACUAUAAAU